AUGGCAUCUCUCGAACAGUCUUUUGAAGAAGCCUGUAUAAGCGGCAAGAUACCCCACGCCGUGAUCGCGGCUUCAAAUAAAGAUGGCAGUUUCGCGUACAUCAGAUCAUUCGGUCUCAAGGCCCUUGACCAAGAUCCCGCGCAGCCUAUUAAAGACGACGAUAUCAUGUCUAUCGCUUCCCUGACGAAGCUCAUGACGACUAUCGCCGCCUUGCAGUGCGUGGAGCGCGGCCUCAUUGGGCUUAGUGAUGACGUUGCCGAUGUGUUGCCAGAGUUGGCAGCUCUAGAGGUCCUAAAAGGUAUCGACCAGGACAAGAAGCCUAUUCUGAAAAAAAGGCAGAAUGCGAUUACUUUGCGUCAUCUUCUCACUCAUUCAGCCGGUCUCGUAUAUGAUAUCCUAAGCCCAUUAAAUCAAAUAUACAAUGAGGCCACCGGUCGAACAGCCUUUCAGAAGGGUAGUACUGUGAUAUCACGGUUCAGUGCUCCGUUAUUGUUUGAGCCAGGGACAGGAUGGCAUUACUCGCCAAGUCUAGACUGGGUGGGCCUGCUUAUAACGCGCCUGACCAAAACAAGCCUCGAAGAAUAUAUGAAAUGCAAUAUCUGGGGGCCUUUGGGUAUUGAGGAUGCAACGUUCUUCUUAGAGCAGAAUGAUUUGCUCAAAGACCGGUUGGUAGGCAUGACAAUUCGUGACCCAACGGCCCCGGAAUACCAGGGUAAAGUUGUUCCUUACAGUGGGCCCCCAGUUUUAGGUGAAGCAACCGAAGAACUAGGGGGCCAUGGAGCUUUUACCUCCAUCCCUUCCUACUUGAAAGUACUAACAAGUAUCUUGACAAACGACGAGAAGUUGUUGCAGAAGGAAACCGUAGCCUUGAUGUUCAAACCACAGCUUUCUCAGGAGAGCCAAAUGGCUCUUCAGAAAGUGUUUAGCUCAUCAGAAAUGGCCCGGUUGUAUAUUGCAGAUCUCCCCGACACGGUCCGGUACGAUUGGGGAUUUGGAGGUGCUCUAAGCCUUGAUAAUGUUGAGUGGGGACGGCGGCAAGGUACUAUGUUUAUCGAUCCUGAAGCUGGUCUUUGCGGCGUUUAUGGUGGACAGGUGAUGAUGAAUGGUGACCCGCAAACAAAAAAGAUGAUCUCUUUGUUUGAAAGGACAAUGUACCAGCGAUCAUCCGAGAUAGCGUAG